UCAUCUUGUGUAUAAAAAGAUUUAUUUUUUAUCGACUCGAGCACUCUCCAUUCAUAUUUUGUAUCGAAUUUGUCCUCGUGUAUUAGAUCAAAAUGUUCAAUUUCUUCAUAAUUUUCGCAGCUAUUAGUUAUGUGAUUAUUUACAUCAGGGCAGACCCCAUUGAAGAUUUGAAAGUGAAGUAUGUGAACUAUAUAUUGGACUGCUCAAAGACAUACGAAGUGUCUCCGGAAGAUAUCGAGAUGCUGAAGAGCAAGCAGAUGCCAGAUCGCAGGUCCGUCAAGUGCGCUUUCGCUUGCGCUUAUAAAAAGGCUGGAAUUAUGAACGAGGAUGGAGAAUUGUCAGUACCAAACAUCUUCGUCCUGAGCAAGCAGUAUUUAUCGGAUGACCCUGUAAAACUGCAGAAAGCUAUGCGCUUUGCCGAGGCCUGCAAAUCUGUAAACGAUGUUGAUCUAAGUGAAGAUGACGAAGAAGAAAGAGAAUGUGAGCGAGCAGCACUCAUUUUUAAAUGUAGUGUGGAUAAGGCACCUCAGUUUGAUUUCAUCGUGUAACAACAGAGGCGGAUCCGUUUCAUUACGAAUACAGGCUUAAAUUGUAUUACUUGUAUAAUUAUGUAUUAUUGAAUAUUGGUAAAGUGCCAAAUGUAAUUUUUAUAAAACGUUUCAUGAAGCAGGAACCUAUUUUCGUAAUAGCUUGACAUUAAAUAUUAUGAUACUAUCGAAAUAUCAAAUAUUAAAAAAACAUUUUUAAUGUUUACUAAUAAAAAAGACAAAAAGAAAAUUGGUAUGCCUAAAUGUUUCCUGUAUUUAAGUAUAUGUUUAAAUUACUGUUUUGACGCUUUAUUUUACGGUGUAAA